ACCUGCUGCGCGGUGUUUCUCUUCAGUUGAUUAUCACCGACCGCUGCCUCUCGUCGCUGCCUCUCGGAUCCGUUAGAGGAGAAAUGGCUGCAGCACUGUCCCGUGCCCUCAAAUUACCCGGGAAGAAGGGCUCGGAGCUGGGGGAGUACGACCCUCUGACCCAGGCCGACAGCGAGGACGAGAGCGAGGAGGAUGACCUCGUCCUCAACUACCCCCGAAACGGGCUGGGCAGGGACGGCUGCCUCGGCUCGGGACCCUCCAAGCUGCGGGGGGCCCGAUCGGGAAGACUGGUGGGGGCCGAAGAUGAGGCUCAAGAGGAGGAGGAAGAGGAGUACGACGACGAUGAGUGGAGAGAACGACUGCCCAGCAAAUCCAGGCCGGACAGAGAGGAAAUGAAAGGCAUGCAGUACUGGAGCCACAGAGACCCGGGGAGGGACAGGUCGGGGGAGGACAGAGGGGGGCCCGGGACGUUAGGGGGGGCUGGGACUGGGGUUCACAGUACUGAGGCGGAGGAGAAGAGGAUGAGGAUGAAGACUGCUAUCCGAAGUGCGUUCUUCCUGGUGCCCUUGGUCUGCGCGGCGCUGCUCGUGCUGCUCUGUGCGUUCCUGAUCCCCUGUAGGAAGGGAGAUCUGGGGAAGAGGCCGACGUGGGAGAGAGCGCUGGGAGACGCCGGAGGUGUAACUCCACCGGCGCUGGCGUUAUGGGAUGUUGACGGGGAUUCAGUGGCGGACGUGUUUCUGGGAGUUACUGAAUGGACCAAUGAUACGCAUCCAAUGCAAGGAAACAAAAUUUACCGCGCGGUGGCCCUGUCUGCGGUCACCGGUCAGACGUUGUGGACGAAGGAGAUGCGUGAGUGUGUGAUGUACAUCCAGUGUGGGCUGCAGUACAGCAGCCAGCCGGGCCCCGUGGUGCUGCUCAUCGGGAAGUCCAUCAUCAUGGCCGUCAACGGCACCACAGGGAAUCAGCUGUGGUUCGUCCUGCUGAAGAACAUUGAGUCCCAGGCGGUUUUACUCCCAGACCUGCAGGGCGACUCCGUCCCAGAUCUGCUCAUCGCCACCCUGCCUGCAGACGAGGCUCUGGACCUGUCCCUGACGCUGAUCUCCGGGCUGUCGGGGGCCACGCUCGGACAUCCCGUGCCUUUCAACGUCACCGGACAAGGGAAGCUGAUUGGUCCUCUGCUGCAUGAGACCCAACAGGGGGCUUACUACAUCCUCUUUGGACUAGGUAAUGUGGAGGCCAUCUCUCUGCGUGAUGUCUAUAUGAAAGCUACUGGGAAGAUGCCUCUGACUCAGGCUCUCAGCAGGAGGGAUCCAGGGUGGGAGGCUCUCAAGAAAACCAACUCCUCGUCCUUCAUACACAUUUACAGAGGAUCUGAGCCGGUGGAGUUCUUGCUCCCUCUGGUGGCCGGUUUUGGGAACAGCCACAACAGCCUGGACCCGGUGUCCAACCUGAACUCCAGCCGGAGUGACUGGGCGCUGGUGUCCGGCAAACUGUCCGGCAAACUGUCCGGCAAACUGUCCAGCAAACUGUCCGUGCUCCGGCAGAAGGACAUCAAGAAAGAGUGGACCUUCAACUCGGAUCCCAUUCACAGCCAACCCGCCCCGGGAUACUUCAACAGCGAUGGAGUCCUGGAUCUUUUCAUCACGCAUGCAACAAAUGGCACCAUGACGGCGCUGGUUGUUGACGGGGACAACGGGCGUCUCCUCUGGUCGGCAAACUUCGUCUGUCCUCGUCUAGUUUUGGAAACUUCUGCAAUCUCCACCUCAACCGGCCAAUCAGCUUUCCUCUUCUGGGCCAGCGAUCCAAUCAGAGCUCUGAAAAAUGGGACCAAGACAACCGUGUCUCCAGGUGUAGCUACAGCCGAGCCGCUCAUCAGAAAACUCUUCCUGUUGCAUCCUGCAUAUCCCACCAUCCUGCUGGAGCUCACCAGCACCACGGACACCGCGGUCACCUCCGCAGUGAGUUACCAAGAGCGGCAGAAGGACGCCUCCUACAUCACGGUCUCCUCCCGACCCACGCCCGACUCAGAGCCCGGCGCCCGGAUAGUGAAGAGCAUGAGCCUCCGAGCGGCCAUCACUACAGGACAAACGAUCAGACUGGAGGAGAGCAGCAAGCCCGGGCAGCCCGUGAAACCCAGCGCCUUCGAGAUCAACAAGUUCUUCAGGGGGUUGACCUUCAAACGCCAGUGAUGAAGUGCUGCCUCUUGAGGAAAUCACGUACGGCUGGAAGAGACUAACGUUUGUUGAGAGUUCUGCAAUAAAGAGACACUGAGGAUCCACCUGGAGCUGUACAUACAUCCUGUUUGGUUCACUAAGUAUACAUUUAUUUUACGGUACCUGAGAUUUCCUUUCUGUAUAAAAUGUGUUGGUCCUAUUGUUUGUAUUAUGUUGGUACAAUGACAUGUUUAUUUAAGUUAUGGGAGGUCCUUAAUAUUUCUCCGAUUGUUUGGAUUUGAUGGUGAAGCUCAAUAAUCCUGAUGGAAGAACAUGUCCAUGUGUUUACAGUUUUCAGCUCUCCUAUGCUUCAUCCAAGGCCCUUUUCUCAUUUAGUUGGUCAUGCUUUGUGUCAUAUCAAAGCCACUAAUAUUCUUCUGACUGCUCAUCACGUUAGCAUUAUAGGGUGACUGUAAAUAUUGAAUGCUGUACAGUAUUUAUUGCAUUGCUUUAACAUGUGUAUUGUUUCAUUUGAUGCUCUGAUGUGAGAUUUUGUAUGGUUAUAUAAUCAACCAUUUGUUUUAUUUCUCUGAAUAUGUGGCUGCUAAAGGUUAUGGCAUUUCAAUGUAAUCUGCAACUUCACAUAUCGCAAGAGAAAGAAUGAAAAUCAGUUCUGGCUGCA